AUGUCGCUGGUAAGCCAGAAUUCACGCCGCCGCCGCCGCCGCUGUGCAAAGGCCACUGCGCAGAACGGCAGGUGGGGUGAAACGCAGGCCCCUAACGCCCCCGAACUCCCUGCUGCCGUGACGGGCCCAGACGUUCCCCAGGGUCCCAACGAGCCUCAGAUACUCCAGGGUUUCAACGCCUCUGAGGGCCCUGGCACCUCGGUGCCGCCCACCUCUGGGGAAGGCCCGAGCACCUCUGUGCCGUUCCCUGCCACCGAGGGCUCCGGCGCAUCUGGGCAGUUCACCACCUCCGAGGGGCCAAAUACCUCCGAGCUGCCCAUACCCAGUGAGCUCCCAAACAUCUCCGGGCCUCCUACGGUUUCUGAGGGGUUGAACGGCGCCAUGUCAAUCACCGCCUCCCAGGGCCCUCGCUCCUUGGUGCCGCCCGCUGCCUUGGACGGCCCCAUAGCCCAGGAGCAUCCCACUGUUCGUGAGGAGCUGAACACCUCCGAGCUGCCCCUGUCUGAAGAGGGCCUGAGCACCUCCGUGCCGCCCCCCUCUGGUGAAGUUCCCAGCACCUCCGUGUUGCCCACUGAUUCCGAGGGACCAGGCACCAGCGUGCCUCCUCCUCCCUCCGGUGACCGCCCGAGCUGCUCUGAGCCUGCCACCCUUGGUGAGGGCCUGAACACUUCUGAGGCGCUCCCCGAAGCGGAGGGUCUGGGCAUCAAUGCGCCGCCCUCCUCCCAAGAGAGCCCCCGCUCCUCCAUGCCUUCCACCCCUGGUGAAGGCCUAAGCAUCUCCAUGCUGUCCACCGACUCCCAGGGACCCGGCAUCAGUGUGCCGCCCCCUUCCGGUGAGGACCCCAGCACCACUGGGCUUCCCACCGCCUCUGAGGGAGCGAGCGCCUUGGUGCAGCCCCCCUCCAGUGAGGGUCGAAGCAUUUCCAUGCCGCCCACGGGGGGUGAGGGACUGGGCACCUGUGCCCUGCCUUCUGGUUGUGAAAGUCGGGGCAUCUGUGUGCUGCGCAUCCCCCAUGACUGCCUGAUCUCGUCGGUGACACCCCCCUCUGGUGAGGGUCCCAGCGCCUUCUUGCUGCCCGCCGAUUGUGAGGUACUGGACACCUGUGCACUGCAUCCCUGUGGUGAAGGCCGGCACAACUAUGUGUCUCACAUCCCUGAGGAAGUCCCAUGCACUUCCCGGAUGCCCACUGCUGCUGAGGACCCCAGCAUUUCAGGGAUGCCCACUGCCUGUGAAAACCCCGAUACAUUGUUGAGCUUGAGUGCUAUGGGCCCGAACUCCUCCAAGGCAAGCCCUCGUAUGAACAGGAUCUCCAACGGUGCAGAAGGCCCUCUGGGGUUCCAGGUCCUGAGAGACCGUGAGAAUUCCAACUGCAUCACCAUUAUGGGUCUCGGUACAGGCCAGGUCGUCCUUACGUUAAAGCCCCAGGAUCCUAUGGAACACAAUGUAGCUGAGUUGUUGCAGUUUCUGUUGGUGAAGGAUCAGAGCAAGUAUCCAAUCAGGGAAUCGGAAAUGAGGGAAUUUAUUGCUAAAGAAUGUCGCAGUCAGUUCCCUGAGAUCCUCAGACAAGCAGCAGACCGCUUGGAGUGCAUUUUUAGGUUUGAACUGAAGGAGCUUGACCCUGAGGAGUGCACCUACCUCUUGCUCAAUAAGCUAGGACCUGUACCUUUUGAUGGGUUAGAGGAUCGCCCAAAUGGGCCAAAGAUGGGCCUCCUGAUGUUGAUCUUAGGACAAAUACUCCUAAAUGGCAACCAGGCCAAGGAGGCUGAGAUUUGGGAAAUGCUCUGGCGGCUGGGGGUGCAGCGUGAGAGGAGGCUUUCCAUUUUUGGGAACCCAAAGAGACUUCUGUCUGUAGAGUUUGUAUGGCAGCGUUACUUGGACUACAGGCCAAUCACUGACUGUUCACCAGUGGAGUAUGAGUUUUUCUGGGGCCCACGAUCCCAUGUAGAGACCACCAAGAUGAAAAUUCUGAAGUUCAUGGCUAAGAUCUAUAACAAAGAUCCUAGAGACUGGCCAGAGCAAUACCAUGAGGCUCUGGAAGAAGAAGCUAUCAGAGCUGCCGGUGGUGAUUGGCCAGCUGUCCAUCACUAUAGGAGGCCCUAUUUUGAGGAAGCUGCUGCAGAGAUAGCAAUUCAUGAUGCAGACAUUUCUGGCUAUUCCUCAAAAUAUGCUCCACAUACCUGGCCAGAGACACGGUUGGAGAGCAAGUCAAGGAAGCUAGUGCAACUAUUUCUGCUUAUGGAUGCGACUAAGCUGCCCAUACCAAAGAAAGGAAUUCUGUACUAUAUUGGCCGAGAAUGCAGCAAAGUGUUUCCUGAUCUUCUGAAUCGUGCUGCGCGCACCCUGAACCAUGUGUAUGGGACAGAGCUAGUGGUACUUGAUCCUAGGAAUCACUCCUAUACUCUGUACAACCGAAGGGAAAUGGAGGAUACUGAAGAGAUCAUGGACAGUCCAAACAGGCCUGGCAACAACUUCUUGAUGCAAGUUCUCAGCUUCAUCUUCAUCAUGGGCAACCAUGCUAGAGAGUCUGCAGUGUGGGCCUUUCUGAGGGGCUUGGGGGUUCAAAGUGGAAGAAAGCAUGCGAUAACCUGUAGGUAUUUGAGUCAGCGCUACAUAGACAGUUUACGGGUUCCUGAUAGUGAUCCAGUGCAAUAUGAUUUUGUAUGGGGCCCUAGAGCCCGAUUGGAAACCUCCAAGAUGAAAGCCCUGCGGUAUGUGGCCAGAAUCCAUCGAAAGGAUCCACAGGAGUGGCCAGAACAGUACAGAGAGGCACUAGAAGAUGAGGCCAACAGAGCUGAUGCUGCGCAUCGGCAAUUCCUGGUUCACAACUUCUAA